AUGGGCCUUCCAUUGUGGCCAAAUAGUGGGAUGUAUGCUCUCCUAUUGAAGCUAAGCACUCGCUCGCAUCGCGGCGCGGCUCGCCGGGGGCACCGGCCGCCGCCGUCGUCUAUGACGACGUCGCGUUGCAUGGCGGCGGCGGCGGUGCUGUCCGCGUUGCUACUCCUGUCCACGUGCCUUCCUUGCGCGGAGGCGAGAGGGCUGCACCUGCACUACCACCGGAGGCACCGGAGGGCGCAGCACCACGGGCACCACCGCGCCACCGGAAGCCACAUCUCUCAGCCGCCCGCGGCGGCGCUGCCUCCUGACGUCGACGGAGGGGAACCGCCGGCCGAGCCUCCGGGUCUGCCUCCUGGUCCGGGCGUCGACGAUGACGCUCCGCCGCGGCGCGCUCCGCGCGACACGCCGUGUCCAACGCUGCGGCCUCCUUUGUAUGGUGCCCCGGUGGACGGCGCGCCGAGGUGGCGCGGUCGUGCCCAGCCACCGUAUCUGUCCCCCACUAUGCCGCCGUCACCCUCGCCGACGCCGCCGGCCAGGGCGCCACGGCAUUCUCCGGCGCUUCCUCCCACAAAGACACCGGUGAUCUCGCCGGCCGUUCCACCUCAACUCUCCCCUGCGAAGGCCCCCUCGACGCACCAUCAUGCGAAGGCACCGUCAUUGCCUCCGGCCAAGCCGCCAGUGCUCUCGCCGUCGCCGGAGCAUCCACCGCACCACUCUCCUUCGAAACCAUCGGCGUACGCUCCGGCCAACCCACCAGAAUCACUACGUCCGGCGAUCCCUCCAGGAGGAGUGGCAAAGCCACCGUCAGUCGCUCCGGCGCAGCCACCGUGGCCGCCACCAGCAGCACUACCUCCGGCGAUCCCUCCCGCGUCAACACAAUCACCGUCAAUUCCACCGGCCAAGCCGCCGCGGCUCGCCCCGACAAUGCCACUACCGGCGCACGCUCCAGCCUUGACACCAGCGCCGCCACAUCCGGCGAUCCCUCCCGUCGCAGCGACACCGCCCGCUCUCCCACCGGCGGGGCCAUCAUCCAAGAACGGCUCAUCACCUCCACCCUGCAGCAGCAGCAACGUGUUCGACGUGAGGGCGUUCGGCGCGUCGGGCAACGGCUCGUGCACCGACGGCGACACGCGCGCGUUCCGCGCGGCGUGGAAGGCGGCGUGCGCCGCCGACUGCGCGACGCUGCUCGUGCCGUCGGACGGCGUGUUCACCAUCACCUCCACCAUCUUCGCCGGCCCAUGCAAGCCAGGCCUCACCUUCCAAAUCGACGGCGUGCUGAUGCCGCCGGACGGGCCGGCGAACUGGCCGGCAGCGGACAGCCGGCGGCAGUGGAUCGUCUUCUACAAGGCCGACGGGAUGACGCUGACGGGCAAGGGCACCAUCGAAGGCAACGGGGAGGAGUGGUGGAACCUCCCGUGCAAGCCUCACAGGGGCCCCAACGGAUCGACGCUGCCCGGGCCAUGUGAAAGCCCUGCACUGAUCAAGUUCGUGGCGAGCAGCGACGUGGCCGUGCGGGGCGUGCGGCUGGAGAACAGCCCGCAGUUCCACCUCAAGUUCGACGGCUGCGCGCGGGUGGCCGUCGACGGGCUCGUCGUGAGCUCGCCGGCGUCGAGCCCCAACACCGACGGCGUCCACGUGGAGAACACAACGGCGGUGAGGAUCGCCAACUCGAGGAUCAGCAACGGCGACGACUGCGUGUCCGUCGGCGGCGGGUGCUCCGGCGUGCGCGUCGAGAACGUGACGUGCGUGCACGGGCACGGCAUCAGCAUCGGCGGGCUCGGGGCGCGCGGGGCGCGGGCGUGCGUGUCGGACGUGGCGGUGCGCGGGGCGCGGGUGGUGGACUCCGACAACGGCGUGCGGAUCAAGACGUGGCAGGGCGGCGCCGGCGCGGUGACGGCGGUGGUUUUCGACGACGUGCAGAUGGUGAACGUCAGGAGCUGCAUCGUCAUCGACCAGUACUACUGCGACGCGCACGGCGGCGCCGGCGGCGGCUGCUCCAACCAGACCGCCGCCGUGCGCGUCGACGGCGUCGAGUACAGGGGCAUCCGGGGCACGUACAACCCGCGCGGCGGCGGCGCGCCCGUCCGCUUCGCGUGCAGCGACGCCGUCGCGUGCACCGGCAUCACCAUGACCGAUGUCGAGCUGUGGCCAGCCGGCGGCGGCGGCGGCACCAGCUCGCCGCUGCUGAGCGAGCCGUACUGCUGGAACGCGUACGGGCUGACGGAGACGCCGACGCAGCCGCCGGUGCACUGCCUGCAGGAAGGCCGCCCAGACUCGCUGCAAGAUCAGCUCGCCGGUUGCUGAGCAUACACCAGAUUCUUGUUUCUUUUGACAUAGAUUUUUUUCCCAACGAUUCAUGCUAAUCUAUAGAUUUAUCUUCAGUGAUUCACGCUAAUUAAAUUCGAAACAUCUAAACAAUCAACCAA